CAAAUCCAACACACAAACCCAUCAUUAUAUAAGCUUACGAAAUGGCCGCCAACAAGCUUUCUUCAGCAUUUUUCUUUCUGUUAUUACCGUUAUUCUUGCAAUUUCAUUUUGGCAAAAGUGAACUCCAAUCAAAUUACUAUGCACAAAGUUGCCCAAGAGCUGAAGGAAUUAUCAAAGAGCAAGUUAUUAGCCUGUACAACAAGCAUGGAAACACAGCCGUUUCUUGGGUUAGAAAUCUCUUCCAUGAUUGCGGAGUGAAGUCAUGCGAUGCGUCGCUGUUGUUAGAGACGGUGAACGGAAUUGAAUCAGAGAAAGCAUCGCAAAGAAGCUUCGGAAUGAGAAAUUUUAAGUACGUGAACACUAUCAAAGAGGCUCUUGAAAAAGAAUGCCCUUUGAAAGUUUCUUGUGCUGAUAUCGUUGCUCUCUCCGCUAGAGAUGGUAUUGUCAUGCUGGGAGGACCAAGAAUUGAGAUGAAAACAGGGAGGAGGGACAGCAAGGAAAGCUACGCAGCAGUGCUUGAAAAUUUCAUACCAAAUCACAAUGAAUCAAUUUCAGUAGUGCUUGAUCGCUUUCAAUCUCUUGGCAUUGACACUGAAGGAGCAGUUGCUCUGUUAGGAGGGCACUCAGUGGGCAGAGUUCAUUGUGUAAACUUAGUGCAAAGACUCUACCCUACAGUUGAUCCAACGUUGAACCCUGACUAUGCUAACUACCUUAAAGGCCGGUGUCCAACUCCCAACCCAGACCCAGAAGCUGUUCUAUAUGCAAGAAAUGACCGAGAAACGCCAAUGAUUCUUGAUAAUUAUUACUACAAGAACUUAUUGAACCACAAAGGGUUGCUCUCAAUUGACCAACAAUUGGCUUCUGAUCCCACUACAUCUCCCUAUGUUCAACGUAUGGCUGCCGAUAACGGCUACUUUCACGAUCAGUUUGCUAGGGCUAUCGUCUUGUUGUCGGAGAAUAAUCCGCUUACUGGCGAGCAAGGCGAGAUAAGAAAAGAUUGCCGCUAUGUGAAUAGCAAUUAAAAACGCAUCUACUUUGAUUGAUUGGUUAAGAUUAUGUUACAUUUUAUGCAUACAGCAAUUGGAAUGAAAAUAAUUGUGUAACACUACCUUUACGGUGAACAUGUAAGGAUAUAAACUAUUUCUUAUUAUGUAGUUCACAGGUGCAUUGAGUCUCCAAUUGUAUAAAAGAAUAAUUUUAAUGAAAUAAAGUGAAUGUUGAUGGGAUUUUAA